CGAAUCUCUAUGCCAAUCUCAUCAAAAUGCAUGAAACAUCAAGAUUGAAGAAGUGGAUUAACCCAAUAACGUGGUGGUCCAUGCUGGACAUGGAUCGGGAGUCCCUCCUCCAGAUGAUGAAGUGUUCACUUCCGCCGGUAGUGGUCAUUGCAAUAUCUCAAACCAGUGCCGUGGCCAACAUGACUUCGACAGUGGGCUAUCUCGCCACCAUCACGGCUGUUUCGUCACAGUGUCUUCUACCACGUGCCAAGUUCUUAAGAAUCAUGUUCUUUAAUCUCUUGGCCACUUGCAUUGCCGCUUCGCUAUGCUGUCUCGCCAGCUACACAGCGGUCAAGGCACGCAAACAGAGUCGCGGAUCCGACAGUUCUGGACACGGCGGACUCAGCGAUUACAACAGUGACGCUUGCGUUGUGUCUGCGAUUUGGCUCAUUGUCAUGAUCUGGGUUGCGAAUGGAUUUCGAGCAUGGCGGCCCACGGAACUACAGGACCCCAUGGUCGCGUUUUCCAUCUUCUCUGUCGUUACCCUUACUCGGUCCGGCACUUUUGAGGACGUUUCUGAGGGCCUCAACUUCAUCUCACGGCUCCUGAAGACCCUACUUCUAGGCUUCGCCAUUGCCACUGGAAUAUCAUUGCUCAUCCUCCCCAGGACCUGCCGGGGGCAUGUCUUUGAGGAUAUUCGAAGCUAUACCGAGCAGACACAGGCUGUCCUCGCUUCGCUGCCAGAAUUCUUGCGAAGCUUCCCGAACGGGACUUCACCGGCAGCCCCUUCUAGCCCGGACUCGGACGCCGAGGUUGCAGAUACGCAGCAGACGACACUAGCUGCCCUGGCUCGUGAUAAACUGAGCGCGGCGAUCAACGCCUUAAACACCUUGGAUGCCAAGAUCCAGGGCGGUCUGCACUACUCUAAAAUGGAGGUGGCUUGCGGCAAACUAGCUGCCUCGGACCUGGAGGAAAUCUCGGACCUUCUACGAAACCUCCUUCGACCGCUCUCCGGGAUGGUGCUUCUUCCGGAUAUGCUCGACAACCUCGUCCAGACCGACUCCUUCCGGACACACGAGCCCGGGAACUUUCAGGCUAGUAUGAAACAAGGCGGAAUCGACUAUGUUGCGGGUAGCUUGCCUACGUGGCUCUCCGAGAUAAGCAAUCUCAUAACCAUCGGCCUACAAUACUUCUUGGUACGGCUUGAGCUUGUGAGCCGGAGCCAGGUUUGCAAACAGGAACACCAAUUGGAUAUUCUUGACCAAGAUGGGAAGCUAAUAAGUCUAGAUCCCGAGAGCAUCAAUUUUGUUGACGAGUUUGAGCGGAGCUUGAAACAUGUGUCUUCGUCUUCUCGAAAGCAAUUCCUCGAUGAGAUUUCCCUCCCACACAACGCAAUCUUGCAUGCCGAGGGGUCUGAAGGCGACUCUUGCGUGCACGAAAGCAACUUGGGGAUUCAGCAACAGUAUUUUAUUGCUCUGUACUUGUUUUACUUACAGGACAUGGUUGCCGAUGCAACCGUUGCGUUGGCAUUGUUUGCCCGCCGAAAGGUUACCGAUGGGACAAUGGCACGCUAUCGACUUAUCCGUCCCGACAAACUCAGCCCCUGGGGAUGGUUCUCUCCCUCGUCAGACUCAAGGGAAACUGCCACGGUCAUCCAUGAUUUCCCACCGCCUCGCGAGGAGGCCCAGGGAAUCAAAGUGGCCGAUCCGGAGCACCUGGUGCCGUCCAAUGUCUGGGAACGGGAGAGCGGCCGUUUUCGCAGUAUUUCGGCCUUGAUUGGUUCGGACUUGAGCAUGUUUGGUCUGCGUGUCUCUGUGGCAUCAUUCUGCGUCGGUAUUUUGGCUUAUCUGCAUCAGACGCAGGAGUUCUUUAUACGUCAGAGAUGUAUAUGGGCCAUGAUUGUCAUUGUCAUCGGAAUGAGCCCGACGAGCGGCCAAACCAUGUUUGGUUUUGUGGCCCGCAUCGUGGCAACCGUCUUUUCCGUUGCGUUGAGCCUUAUUGCCUGGUACAUCGUGGAUGGAAGAACCGCUGGGGUUAUCAUCUUCCUGUUCCUGGCGAAUAUGGUCGGGUCUUACGUCUACGUCAAAAAGCCCCAGUACUUUGGACCUUCGAUCAUUGCUGUCAUCACACUGAACGUCAUCAUCGGCUACGAACUACAGGUGCGCAAGCUUGGGAGAGACAGGGCCGAAUCCAACGGACAACCAUACUACCCCAUCUACAUCUUCGGCCCCUACAAACUUCUCGCCGUGAUCGCCGGCUGCGUCAUCUCUUUCUUCUGGGUCAUUUUCCCUUAUCCCAUCACCGCCAAGUCCAAGGUCCCGCGACUCGUCGGAGAGAACCUCUUCAACCUAGCAAGGGUUUACAGCGUUAUGCACGCGACGAUUGAGCUGUGGAUCGACCGACAGCAUAGCAGGCCCGAAGACCCCGAAGACCCUGCUCACCUCUACGCUCAUAUGGGCGCGAUGAUGAAGAAGCUGACCAAGGAGGGGUUGCUUUCGCUCCAUUCUCUGAGAAUGCACGGUCGUUUUGCAACAUACGAGCCGCCGCUUGGUGGCAAGUUCCCGGUCCGCAUCUACAGCAACAUGAUGUCGGCUAUUCAGCAGUCGUUGAGCUUGAUGUCUCUGAUGGCAUACAUCGGACGCACCAUGCCAUCCGCAACUCGACAAACCGAGAAUGCUUCGGGGGAGGCAAAAGACUGGACCUCGGGCUUAGCCGUCGCGGCACUCGAGUCGACUGACUUCCAAUCGCACUCCACGACAUCACUGUUUUGUCACCUUGGCUCCGCCAUGGUAAACGCUCAGCCUCUGCCGCCAUUUCUAUCUGUAUCAGAACCAUUUCCGCUGGCGCGGCAGUUGCAGCGACUCGAGUUCAAGCUGUUAAACAUAAAUAAUGCUCAGGAUCCAGCGUUUAUUGCCUUUAUCUCAUUAGAAGUCCUAAGAACGACCCUCAACUUUGAGUUGAAGAAAAUGCUGAGGAAUGUGCGGAUGCUAGUAGGAGAAGUAAAACUCGACGUUUAAUUAUAUAGCGCAGUACAUACCCCCCCUAUUCUUCUUCUGAACGCCGAAUAAACUAGGUAGACACAUAGAAAUAAUAAGUGAAGC